GUUUUCAUAUCACAGUGAUCGCUCCGUGUGCGCACCGUGUCCGACUACGACUUACCACUCGUUCGCUUAUCGCGUACUCGAACGGUUCCGACGAAAUAUUGUUAACCGUUUAAUUAUAAUUAUAUUAUUGUUAUUUUUAUUUUUUCCCUAUACUACUCUUUAUAAAAAAUAUAUAUUUUUUCAUAUUAUUAUAUUAUUAUACAUUUUUACCAUACAGUGUUUUUAAUUCUUAAUUUAUAUUUUAUUAUAACGUGCGUUUUUCUGUGCUUUUGAACUUCACCGCAGUGCUGUUUUUUAUUUUUACCUAUAUAUUUAAAUAAUAUUGUAUUUUUUAAUUGUGCUCGCUACACGACUCUGCCGUUUGGAUACAACAAUCUCUGAUUCUUCGCACAUUAACCGGAUCUAUUAUCUGAACUCGAAAAUGUAUUUGAAAGAAAAAUGGAAAAGAAUCUCCAUGAGCAGACAAUGAACCACAACGGAAGUAGAGCAUCGCACAAGAUAUCGAAAAAACGUAAGUCCACUACUCAUUAAUUGUCAUCCUGGCUUUUGUGAAACCCACACCUCCCGGUCCUCCACUGUCCGCUGGUGUAGUGGUUGCUGGAAGGACAUCGGCCAUCUCAGGUUCAGGCAUGCCUUUCAUGGACGAUGUGUUACUCUGGUGCCCAGAGGCCGAGACGAAAAUUGACGAUUUUACUGAAUGUCUUGGUAACGAAGUUUCCAGUCUCGGUGAACUACUCCAAUCGGAAAUAUCCAGUGAACUGGACAACGCUUUAGACGGAGGAGGAGCGAGUAUACAGGAUGGUGGUGAACACUCUGGCGAUGAUGACAUUUUCAAGCAGCUGUCCGACUCGUCUGCGUUACUCGAACAGUUUUUCGAUUUUGUUAAUUGUGAUAUAAAGGAAGAAAAUAAUAAUAAUGUCAUGUCAACGGGUAACAAAAACCAUGCUGCAGUUGCAUUACUUCAAGAACUGCAACGCACAAAUGCUGGCAAAAAAUUCAACAUUACCACUGCAAAUCCUUUGCUUGCAGAAAAACUUCUGAAUCCUGUGUCUCAGUUAAAUCCAAGUUUAAACCAAAAUUCAGAUAUGUUCAUCAAUCAAAACAAGUACAUCAAGGCAGAACCUUCAAUAAAUGAUACAGGUAAUGAAAAGGACGAGAACAUCGACUUCCUGGAUCACCUCCGGAUCGCCGGCAACGGCGGUGUAGGAAACCCAGGAGCGGCAGACCAUCUGCCUCCCAGGCAACAGUUGUCAUUCGCCCUGCCGCACGGAUUCCAUCAUGCUGGCUCUCUUCCACCCAGCCCCGCGGACUCCGGUGUAUCCGACGUGGACAGCAGCAGCAGCGGGCACACGUCCACAGACACGGAGCUUAGGGCUCGGCUUCAACCGCACCAGUAUCACCACCAAGUCUCUGCUUGCGGCCGUCGUACAAGUCCGGAUCCACCAAGCAAUGCACAAUGUCACCAGCAGCAGCAACAACAACAGCAACAACAACAACAGCAACAGCAGCAACAGCAACAGCAACAACAGCAACAGGACUUGUUCUCCAGGAUAUACGGAGUGAACGCUCCGCCACCCGGCGCUUACCAUCAUCCCGGUCCUGCGCCCCCGUCGCCCAAACAUCCUCUUUUCAUGCGAAACAACCAUCCUUAUGGAGGCGGUGUUGCUGGCUACCACCCAUCGGCCGUCGGAGGCUACGGUUCCGCGGUCAGCCCCACAUCGGGCGGCCACUUCGCCAUGCCACCGUGCCCGCCAUCGGCCGCACUCCCUGGCGCCGGAACCGUGGUCGGUCGCGGGUCCGUCAUCCAAGCCAAUUGUUACCAGCCCAACGGCGCCGGAGCGGCUAACCUCAACGAUCUGUACUACAUGGACUUUGGGGCGCCUACCGCGGCCGCGGCCAUGUACCACCAAAAGGCUGUUGGAAACAAGAGCGGCAGCAUCAAGAAGCCCAAGAAGUACGGCGGCGUCGGGCGGCCGUCUGCAGCCGGUUCCCCGGGAGCCGUCCAACAGCAGACGUGUCCAGCCACGGGACCCAAGAGGAAAAGCCGAGAAGGUUCCACGACGUACCUUUGGGAAUUUUUGUUGAAACUAUUGCAAAACUCCGACUAUUGCCCGAGGUUCAUCAAAUGGUUGAACCGGGAAAAGGGUGUUUUCAAGUUAGUCGACUCCAAAGCGGUAUCCAAGCUAUGGGGAGAGCACAAGAACAAACCCGACAUGAACUACGAAACGAUGGGGCGUGCUCUCAGGUAUUACUACCAGAGGGGAAUUCUUGCUAAAGUGGACGGCCAAAGACUGGUGUACCAGUUUGUCGACGUUCCCAAAGACAUUGUCGAGAUCGAUUGUUCCGGCGCAUGAGAAUGUGCUUAAACCCGAAAACGACCAAAGACAUCGUGAUAAUAUAUUAUAUAUUGUCAUCUUCACCAUCGCAGUUGCUAUAUUAUAAUUUAUUCAUUCAACCUCGGGUGCAGAAUCGUUGUCGCCAGUUCGUCGUUAUUUUUAUUAUUUUUAUUAUUAAUAUUAUUACCAUUACUGUACGUAGGUAAGAUUUGGCCUGCCUAUGGUGUAUAUAACAUAUUGUAUAUAAGAUGAAUGUAUGUGCGUGCGUGUGCUGUUAUUAUAUACCAUAUAUUGUAUUAGUAUAUAGAAUACUGGCAUACUGCACUAUCCGAGUUCAAACUCGUCCGCCGUGUAAAUAUCGCGCAAAAACUUGUGUUUCUUUUUUUUUUUCAUAUUAUUAUAUGUUUUUCUCUCGUGAACGUAUGUGCCGCCACCGUCGUCGCUGCUACCGUUUGAACAAUAUAUAAUAUUAUAAUAA